AUGCCUCCUCCCACUUACGCAACCAAGAUCGACAAAGUCGAGCCCUUCAACCUUUCUUCUCCCGCAGGGAAAGACAUCUGGCGCAAGCCCCCCUCGCACAAUGUCAUCGACGCGCCCACAUACCCUUCACCACUCCCCCAAUACGACUUGAAGUCCUUCCAAAAAGCUCGUCUCACCUUCGCCCUCCCACCGGGCAAAGACCUCCGCCAGUACGACCAAGCCGGCUUGCUACUCUCUUUCACUCGGGACGACGCACCACUCGGCUCCGGCAAAGACAAGUGGCUCAAAACCGGCAUUGAAUGGUACUACGAGAAGCCGUAUCUCUCCACUGUUGGCUGCGACAAUUGGGCCGACUGGAGUAUCACGCCUCUCCAGGACUUUGCGGGGAACGACAGCAGACCGAGUGCAACGCUUGAAGUUAGGAGAGAGAAUGAUCAGCUUGGGAAGAGUCUGUGGGUGUAUCAGAUCAUUGAGGAUGAGAAUGGGGAGGAGAUUGAAAGUCGACCGUUGAGAGAGGUUAAUUGGAUUUUCGCGCUGGACGAAGAGGGUUGGAAGAUUGGUGUUGGCGGCGCGGUUGCGCGCCCGAACAAGGAGUUGGGAGAUGAGGAAUUGACGGCUGAGUUUGCAAAAGGGGUAGAAGUAGAGCUUUUGGAUUAUUCGAAGAAGCUGUCAGACUAA